AUGUUCUUCCUUGGAUUUACCACAAUGACAACGUGCGUGCUCUUGUACUGGUCUCAUACGACAACCAGCAUGGCUCUGACUGCAUUUAGCUUUCUUUUGAUAAUUGACAUCCUCAGCCUGCUCACAUGCCUGUUGAGUGUGUGGAUCCAGAUGCAGCAGCCUGUUAGUACAUAUUCUUUUGGAUAUGAACGUUUUGAGGUGUUGGCGGUCUUCUCCUGCACAAUGUUGGCACAACUCGGAGCUUUGUUUAUUAUAAAAGAAAGCGUGGAGCGGCUGCUGUUCCCCCCAGAGGUUCACACGGGGCGACUGUUGGUGGCCACAGCCUUUGGUCUCUUUGUGCAUCUGUCAGUGAUAUAUGCUGUCCGAAACCGGGCUUUCAGUCACGUCAUCGACGCUUCCAGCUCCAGCUGGCUUCAGGAACACGUCACAGACAUGAGUGAAAGCCUGUGUUCAAUUGUCCCUGGACUGAGCAAGCUACUACUCCCAAGAAUUAACCCCUUCUCUCUAAUAGGCUUCACAUGUAGCUGUGCAAUACUAGUGACAUACCUCCUCAUUGAUACCCAGCAGUACUACCUGGCAGACCCGUGGGCAGCUAUGGCUAUAGCCUUCAUGAUGUUUGGUACCAUGUUUCCCAUGAGUGCCUACACUGGUAAAAUACUGCUGCAGACCACCCCAUCUCACAUUCUAAGCCAACUGGACAAAGUACUCAGGGAGGCAUCUACGCUGGAUGGUGUGCUGGAGUUCCGCCAUGAGCACUUCUGGACCCUCUCCUUUGGGUGCUUGGCAGGGUGUGUUCAGGUCAGAGUUCGUCGCGAUGCAGAUGAGCAAUUGGUCCUGGCACACGUCUACAACCGUUUGAACAACCUCGUCUCCUGCCUGACCAUACAGAUCUUCAAAGAUGACUGGAACCGCUCGUCCACCUACACCACUGCAGCUCUCGGCAGUCCGUCCUUCCCCGGAGCAAUAGGGUUCCAGACCCCGCCGCGAGUUGCUUCUCCAACACACGAUGUGAUGUCUCCAGUGCAUCAACCACCCAUGCCAAACUACAGAUUCAACCUUUCACAUUAG